AUGACGAAACUGUGUUUGGGUCAAAUGAUGGCAGGUCCAUUGUCUUAUGGGAAAAGUCUAAUCUUGAAUGGGAGAAGUUCAUCAUCUAAUGAGAUAAGUUCAUCAUUGUAUGAGAUGCGUUCAUCAUCUCGUGGGAUCUAUGUAAAAACUCGUGAGAUAGGUACACUAUCUUUUGGGAUAUGUUCAUCAUCUGGUGGGAUAAGUCCAAUCUUGAUUGAGAGAAGUUCAGCAUCUUAUGGGAUAGGUUCAUCAUCUUAUGAGAUAGGUUCAUCAUCUUAUGGGAUAGGUUCAUCAUCUUAUGAGAUAGGUUCAUCAUCUUAUGAGAUAGGUUCAUCAUCUUAUGGGAUAGGUUCAUCAUCUUAUGGGAUGGGUUCAUCAUCUUAUGAGAUAGGUUCAUCAUCUUAUGAGAUAGGUUCAUCAUCAUCUUAUGGGAUAGGUUCAUCAUCUUAUGAGAUAGGUUCAUCAUCUUAUGAGAUAGGUUCACCAUCUUAUGGGAUAGGUUCAUCAUCUUUCGAUAUAGGUUAA